AUGGAGAAAGGCGGGAGGGCGGCAAAGCGGUCGCCGCGGACCGAGCUUAACGAAAUUGAUCGGGAGCUGUUCGGCGAGGAGGAGCUGGAGAUCCUGCAGAGGGGACACGGGGGCAGCGAUGAGGAUCGUCAAAGCGAUGAGGAGAACCUUGCGGACAGCGAACUGUUAGCGGUGAACCAAGAGGACUUUAUCAUCUUAGAAGGAGUCAGCAGCAAUGAGAGUGCCACGAGUGGCCAAAGUAACGAGGGGAAAUCCGACUCAGAUGUGCAGCUCGUCCAGGAGGAGGCCUCGCCCAAGGCAGCAACCCCCCACAGGAAAGGCACCGCUAAGCAAAAGAAGCCCCUGGAGGAGGUCUCACCCAAAGCAGCAACCCCCCAGAGGAAAGGCACCGCUAAGCAAAAGACCCCCCUGGAGGAUGCAGAGGAGCAGGAAAACCAACUCUCCAGCGAAAACGUGUGGAACUUCCUCCAACUGAGGGAAAAAAAUAUAAAAAAAAAAAUUGAAGAAAAUAAGCUAAUCACGCACAUGCUCUGUUGGGUAAGUCACCUGCAAUUCUUAAACGAGACGUGCAACAACAAGUUUGCCCAAGCGUUAAUAUAUUCUGUGUAUGUGAAUUACCAAAAGGGGAGAGACAGCAAGUUAUAUAGGGACCCGAUCUACCUAUUCAUGUUUAUAAAGAGUACCUUCGAACUUGUGCUUGAUGGGAAGUCUUGGGUAUCUGGAGAGCACCACGUGACGAGCAACCUUCGUGGAUCCAUCCUCUUCCGCUUGCUGCGGUGUAUACAAAGGAGAAAGGGAAACAAUAUACUAAUCAAUUUAAUUUUCAUUUGCCUUUGUAGAUGCCUAAAUAUCCCCAGCCGCAUCUGCUUAACGCUGCCCGGCUUGAAAACCGAAAUCGACGUUGGGCAGGAUAAGCGGCUUUUGAAGAGGUGCUGUGGGGAAUACCACGCUGACUUUAGCAGGAGUGUUUUUUACCGCCAUUUUUUGAACUCGGUUAGCGAAGGGAGCAGCGACGAGGGGAUCGCUGACGAGGAUAACGUGGCUAGCUGUGCUGAUGGAGGCCCCCAGGACAGCCGCAAUAGCCGCGAUGGGCGCGAUGACGAUGUGGUUCUUAUCGAGAAGGAAGAAUUCCUCCAAAGGGGGGUGAACAGCUAUAUGGGCACUUUCAAACAAGGGGAGAGUGCAAAGAGUGGGAAAGGCUCCAGAAAAGGGGUGAAAGACGAAACAGCCCAAUUUAACAUUUUCUGCGAGUGCUACUCCACCAGCUUCAACAAGUGGGUGUCCUUCUUCUUCUGCUUUAACGUUUAUUACUUUAACUUUGUUAACUUUUCCAAAUACGACAGCUCCGUUGCCCAUGAGGAUAAGGCGUUUCACAUUUUGCUCCCCCUGCCCAAGAACCCCGAAGAGAUAAAAACGUUCCGGACGCAGCGCAGGGCCGGCGCCCCGGGCGGCUUCGCGCGCGCGCUCUUUAUGCGCAGGGGAAGCCGCGGCGAAAGCGGCAGUGAUAGCGGUAGCGAAGUGGGCAGUGAAAACGACGGUGAGCGUGGGAGCGGCGCCCGAGUGGGGAGGGGAAGACGUCCAAUAGAUGGUCCACACAGUGGACAGAAGCAUAAGGAAGAGAAGGAGGCGGAGGGGGAGGGCUGUGCGAGCACCCCGGAAAGAAGUAGCCCACCCUUGGGAGGACCCCUCCCCGCGGGAAGAGGCACCCCCUCGAGGAGCAAUAACUUGGGUAACUCGAAAUUUCAAAUUUUGAGCGACGACCAUGGGGGGAAGAUGUACAUCGAGAGGGACAACAAGUUUUUUAUCGUCGACAAGAAGAGCAAGCGGGUGGUUCGGAUUGCCUACCUGGAGACGCCCCCAGAGGGCUUCCACCAAGGGGGCGUCCAUCAAGAGGGCGUCCAUCAAGAGGGCGUCCAUCAAGAGGGCGUCCAUCAAGAGGGCGUCCAUCAAGAGGGCGUCCAUCAAGAGGGCGUCCAUCAAGAGGGCGUCCAUCAAGAGGGCGUCCAUCAAGAGGGCGUCCAUCAAGAGGGCCUCCACCAAGGGAGCUACCACCCGGAGAGCCUCCGUCAAGAGAGCUACCACCCGGGGAGCUUCCACACAGAAGGGAAAAAAUCAUCCAGGGGAGGUAGGCGGACGAAGGGGGGGCGGGAACCCCCCCUGUACGACUUCGAGCGGGAAGAAGAAAACAGCGAAAUAGUCUACUCGCUAGCGAACAUGUACAGCUCAGGGGGGAAGCGGAAUUUGCUCCUAAACCAGAUCAGGGAGUUGCGUGUAGCCAAUAGCAAGCUACGGGGAGAUGCCAACAGCGCCGGCAUGGGGAGGGAGAUGCUGGAAUACGGGGAGAUCACUUACGACAGAAUGGCGAACCCUGUGAAGGCAUCUUCACUCGAGGGGAAAUACAUAAAGACAUUCAUCAACAGCAGAGUGUAUAAAUUUCUCUACAGCCUGGACCAUUACAAUUUGUACUUGUGUAUUAAUCGGUACGGCGUCGUGCGGGAUGUGAGUGUGCGGCAUAAGUUGAGGUAUAGCGGCGGGGGGAGCGGUCAGGGAAUCGAUCAGCGAGGCGGGCAUCGAAUUGGCCAGCGAAGCCGGGGAAACAGCAGCAAUGCCAUCAUCAAGGGAGACAGCCACUGCAACGCCGUGAGGAACCACUUCCGACGACUUGCCUACCAAAUUAACAAAAAAAAAUACAAUGACUUUGAACAGGCGCUUGACAAAUUGGACGAUGAGUAUCUAUACAACCUGUAUGUAACCAACAUGAUACCGACGGAGAAAACAGAUUUUCUCAAGUCCAGUUAUUAUAUACUGAAAUCCAUGCUGAAGAAGAACCAGGUGAUUUACCCGAAUGUGCCCGUCGGGCUGUUCAAGGGGGAAAAUGUCUAUUUGAAGGAAAAUUUUUACAACCUGGUGAGGAGGGAGUACCUGGAAAAUAAGCACUACUACAUUAGCGAUGCGGAGAGGCCGCUGAGCUACGAGUUCGAUGAGUACAGCAAGGUGAAGGUGCCGCUGUACGCGCAGUUUCAGCUGCGGAGGCGAGCAGAGGCGGCGGCGAGCAGAAGGGCGGAGACCGGCCUGGAAAGCGGCACGAACGUUGCGCGAAGUGGCAACAGCGAUGGCAAUGGCAAUAGUAAUACCAAUACGGAUCUCACGGAAGGGGCGGGCCCCCCCGGGGAGGAAGAAAACUUCGACUACAUCUACAGCAGGAAGGACAAGCUGCACGUGCUGAAAACGAAGCUGUUUGCACACCUGAAGGCGAGCAACAUCAUCGAGCUGAACGACGAAGACGUGUGCAUCUGCAACGUCAAACUGAAGUACGUCAUUAAGCACCUGCGGGGAGUCAUCCCCUACAAAAUUGUCUACAACAACUCCUAUUUUUUUAAUAAAUUUCGCAAAAGGCCAAAUGUACCAACGGAUGCUGACAAAAUUAUAAUUAAAAAAAAACAUAUGCCACAAUUUAAAAAUCUGUACAUACCACAAAAACAAACGCAGGAUGAAUUUUUACUAAUUGAUAAAACGAAGCAAAUCAAAAACCUGUGGAAGGUACUCUGCAAGAGUAUCCUCUACGAGCAGGUGAACAAGAAGGCCGUCCAGGACAGGGCCCGCGCCAGGGCCAUUUACAGGAUGAAGGAGUUCAACACGGACGUCGACCGGUACUUUCAAAUUUGA